ACAGGCAGCUCCGAGGCGAGAAAACAGCAGUGUUCAGUGGAGCUCAGACCGUCUCUCUCUCUCUCUCUCUCUGCUCCCUGAAAAACACUGUAAACUUUAUACAGUAACGAGUAAACUCAUGAAAGAAACCGGGCGACGGGUAGUUUUAAAGCUGGACUUUGUUUUUUCACUGUAACUGUGUGUAUUUUUAGACACUUUAAGGGUGGUUUUUUGCUCUCAAAACGAGAAGUCGCCGGGAUUUCCUCUCAUCUAGAAGUUUCCCAAGAUGAACUUCGAUCCGGUGGUCAGGAAACUUUCUGUGUUUGUGGCGACGCUCCUCAUCGGGCUGGUUUGUCACGCAGCAGAGCCUCCAGCGUCGCAGUGGUCCAGCGAUGAAUACAAAAACCUCACCCUACGACGACACAGAACAUGUGUGGAGAACGAGCAGUACCUCAACCAGGGGUUCUGCUGCCUCAAUUGCAAGGCUGGAACCUAUGUGCAGAAGGGAUGUGAAAGAGACCAAGAACACGGGAACUGUCUUCCCUGUGAGCACGGACAGACCUACACGGAGCACUCCAACGGGAUGAACCGCUGUCUGCCCUGUACACACUGCCGCUCAGAUGAGAUUCAAACUGCAUCCUGCACCACAACUACAGACACCAGGUGCCAGUGCAGACCGGGUACCUUCUGCGUCCCAGAUCAGGCAUGCGAAGUCUGCAAACGUUGUGCCAAGUGUAAAUCAGGGGAGGAGGAGGUGAAGAAGUGCACCCACUUUUCAAACACCGAGUGUCGAAAACGGGAUCCGUUCCCCGCCAAAACCUCUCCAGCCCCUACUCCUACAACCGCUACUGCUCCAGAAAGCAUUGUUGCUCCUAUAUGCAUUUCUCUGGCCGUCAUCUUCGUCCUCGUCGUUAUUGGACUGGCUGUGUGGUGGUUCGUGUUCAAGCGGCGUUCAUGUGAAACACCAUGUUUAAAGAGCCAUUGUGAAUCCAGUGAAAUUGUGAAGAUUCCUAUUGACGAGAGUGGAGCCACAGCAGAGGAGAGACAGAAUGAUCAGAACGCAGGUCUGGAGGGGGAAGAGUCUCGUCCGGAGUCCCGGCCCCUGCUGCAGGAGACCGGGAUGACCAAGGCCUCCCCUCCACUCGAAGAUGAGGACCGAGGACUCGGAGACAGUUUGCCCAACACCACUAGUUCGUCUCAAACUAGCCUGUCAGCCCUGCCCACGGCAGCCUCCUCUGAUAACACCCCGAACACCCCGAACACCCCGAACACCCCGAACACCCCACACCAGAGCCCCACUGCCAUCCGACUGCAACCUGGAGACAUGGAUGAUCCUCUGCAUCAUCGACUGGUGGCCCUAAAAGGGUCAGAAAAAUCCCUAAGGAUGAGCUUUGAUUUGUUCGACGAGUACCUGGACGUGCGGAUCCACAACAAGUUCUUCAGAAAGAUUGGAGUCAUUGACAACCAUAUUCGGAUUGCGGAUAACGGCGCCCCCGGUGACAAGGUGUAUGAACUGCUGAAGAACUGGAUGCAGAGGCAGGGACUAAAAGCCGACAUCAACGACCUGUUGGAUGCUUUGCUAAGUAUGGACCAGCGACGCUCAGCUGAGUGCAUCGCCUCUGCGGCGCUGCAGAGAGGCUACUACAAGCACGCAGACGCACCCUGAAAGCUGAAGUAACGGGGACUGCAAAUGAAGUAAACACAAAGUACUUAACACAAAAAGCACACAGACACCGUCGCUGGAUAUUGUGUCUCACGACCAGGCUUACCUCUUUGUGGCUGACUAGCCAUGUAUUCAAAAGCCAGUAGUUUUAAAAAGAAAAACAAAAAGGGGAAGGUCGAGUCGUAUUUAUCAAGAGCUCUGAAGAUGUUGACUACUUGCCAAACGCGGAGGUGUAAUAAUGAAAAUGAAGAAAAAGUUGCGUGGUCAAAUUUAACAGCGUUGCCACCGAAGACGACCUUGAAAAUGUGUUCAGAUGAACAUGAAGGUGUCGGCUUCCACAGGCAGAAAACGGCUGCAUGUUUUAGGCUCUAAUGAAGCAACAUGCAUCCAAAUACUGAAAGCUUAGACGUCUCUGGGCGAGUGUCACACAUCUGGUCCUCUACACCAGAUCACAAUACACUACCUGGAGACGAGGAUAUACACUGGUUUGUAGGAGUGGCAUUAGCUAUGUCACUAAUACUGUGCCUCUUUGAUGCACUGACCUCUGGCACAUGUAGGAUUUAAAACUACAAUCACGCUAUAGUUGUCGUUUUAUAAUUUCUCUGAGACCAUAUGUAACCGUUCAUGAACAUUUUCCUGAUUAAUGGUAGGAAAAUAUUAUUCAUUUGUUAUGACGGUCCAUUUUCAGCCUUACUAAUGAUAAGUUUUACCUCUUCAGUGCCAUUUCUAGAUUUAUUUAGCUAACGUGAUUUCAUUAUGUUUUCACGGAGCGUAGUGAUUCAAAACUUUUCAUGGAUUUUGUACAAUCAAGUCACAUUGGAGAAAUGUUUUCCGUCUUUGUCGUCCGGUCUUUUAUAUGUUCAGUGUUGCUACACACACACACACACGACAUCGUAGAAGGAAUUUCACAAGCUGUUUCCGUUGGAACAACUGUUAAUAGUCUAGUCAAAUGUUUCCAUGCAACUUGGAAAAACUUUAAAAGGUCAUUUUAUUUAUUGACAUAUUUAUUGUAAUGAAUAAUAAUUAACUUGUCAUUAUUUAUACCAAAACAAACGACCCUGGAAAACAAGCACGCGCUGUAUCCGUGUUGUGGUAACUUCAGGGGCAAAAAUGACUGACAUCAAAAUUUUUCAAGGUGUGGUUGAAACUUGGUAGUGUUAAGUUAAAACUCUGUUCCUGCUCGCUGCACCGUGUUUUAAGUGUAGCACUCUGGUCCACACUGUCAAUGUGUCAAUGUUACGUGUGCCAUUUCUUCGCAAGAGGAAAAUUUUCGUGACGCUAAAUGCAGAAUGUGUCAUUUCAAAUUGGAGUUGAGGUGACGCCAGUCUUAGAAAACGAGAGCUGACCUGUUAGGUCCAACCGUUCUAGUGAACCGACUGAAUAAAACGGUCCUUCUGUACAUGUCGGAGGCGACGUGGGAUGCAGGUACGGAUUGUUUGGUCUCGGUUAAACUCGGACAAGAUGAAGGAAACUUUUUUUUCUGGAUUUAAAAAGAAGCUCAAAUUUAUUUCCCUCAUUCUGUCACAUGUACAUACGAACGUCCAGAGAGCAUUAAAGCCUCACACAAAGUGUAUAUGUGUAUAUAUGCAGCUCUAUUAACAAACCAAAAUGAUUAUAGUGAGGUAUGAAGUUAUAAAGAACGACGGAAACGCCAACCAGAGUAUUUGGCCGUUGAGGUUGUGACAUUUUUAAACUAGAUUUUGCCCAUUUUUCUGCAGUCUCUUAUGUAUAAAGGAAAGAGUUACAGAGUUAUAUAUUAUUGCUGAAGAGUGAUGCUACAGUGCUGGCACUGCCAUCUAUUGACAGACAAUGAAAAUACAGCCAGCAUCAAUUUCUAGGGAUCCUACAGUAUACACCCCUCUCUCACUUAACUUUCACCCUUUAACUACUUCUCAACUUUUUCUCUUUUUAAAAUUCCUCCUCAAGUAGCAGUGUGAGUGUAUGUCUUUUAAAAAAAAUAAUGUCUCUGUUUUUACUUUUACAUAUUUCAUUGCAAGUCCUAAGCUGUUCAAUUAACUUCCUUUUUACUUGUGUAAAAACGUUCUGUCCAGCGUUUGCCGUUAAGCCAUUUCCCCCUUAGUAAUUGUUUGCUUGUCAUGGAUUUCAGAUAUAAAUUAUGCAAAAUACAUCAAAGCUGUUUUUGUGUCAAUUUCAAAUAAAUGUUUUGUACAGAUGA